AUGUCUGAUACCAAUUACAGCAGUGGUACCAAUUUGGAAAUUGUUUUAAUGGGUUUUCCUGGACUUCAUGAUACACAACAGUGGCUUUCCAUUCCCCUUCUCAUGAUGUUCCUUGUAGCAUUUUUUGGUAACCUAACAGUUCUGAUAAUUAUAGUUAUAGAACGAAGCCUACAUGAACCCAUGUAUUACUUUAUUUCCAUGUUAUCAGCUGUAGAUCUUGUUAUCACAAUGACUCUACUACCCAAGUUUUUAAAUGUAUUGUGGUUUGGCUCACAGAUUUUAAGUUAUAACGAUUGCCUUGCACAACUGUUGUUUAAUUCCUUUUUUUGUACAAUGGAAUCAUCCAUGCUAGUAUUAAUGGCGUUUGAUCGUUAUAUUGCCGUGUGUAACCCUUUGAGAUACAGAGCAAUAAUUGAAAAUAAGUCUGCAUUAAAAGUAAGCUUGUUUGUUGCAAUUAGGGGUCUUUGUAUUGGCUAUCCUAUUCUUAUGCUUGCUCCAGUUUUACUGAAUUCUGGAGGGAUUACUAUCCCUAGUUUAUUCUGUGAGUAUUUUGCUGUUAACAGUGCAGUACACAGCAAUAUAUUAGUGAGUAACAAUGACGUCUUCAUUCUUCUGCUCCUUCUAGCAUUACCAGAUUUAACAAUAAUCGGAUUUUCCUACUGCAUGAUUGCUAAAGCUGUACUGAAACUUGGUUUAAGAGAAUCUCAUCAAAAGAUACUUAACACGUGUACUUCUCAUAUUAUUGUAAUUGCUUCCUUUUAUCUUUGGGUAGCAAUGUCAUUAAUGACAACACUUUUUGAAAAUAAAGUCCCAGAAUACAUUCUUACUUUGUUUUCAGUCCUGUAUAUUACAGUGCCUCCAACAUUAAACCCUCUAAUAUAUGGUAUAAAAACAAAAGAGAUCAGACAAAAUAUAUUCAAUGGUGACAAUUUGGAAAUUGUCCUGAUGGGAUUUCAUGGACUUCAUGACAUCCAGCACUGGAUUUCCAUCCCUUUCUUCGUUAUGUUCCUAACAGCAUUUUUUGGUAACCUAACAGUUCUGCUGAUUAUAGCUACAGAACAAAGUCUUCAUGAGCCUUUGUAUUAUUUUAUUUUCAUGUUAUCAGCUAUGGAUUUUGUUGCGGUUGUUGGUCUCUUACCCAGCCUUUUGUCAGUGCUAUGUGGACUAAUGUCACUAAUUAGAGAAAUGUUUCAAGGUAAGGUCCCAAACCAUAUACCUGUCUUACUUUCAGUCUUGCAUAUCAUAGUGCCACCCACAUUAAACCCUUUGAUAUAUAGCAUAAAAACAAAGGUGAUCAGACAAAUUAUGUUAAAACAUUUAAGGAAACAUUAG